GUAUAAAUUGAUGCCAACUGUAGUGGAAAUAUCAUGCAGAGAUCACUAAGGCACAAUGGCUAAAAUUCUGUGGUUGGCUCUGUUUUUUGCUAUGGUGAUAGUUAGACUGAGAGCCGAAGAAGGAGGAGGCGCCGCCACCGCUCCGCCCUCGUCGGAAAGUUCUGAUCCUCCACAAACAACGAACGAUGUAAAAACUGAAGGGAAGAGUAGCAAGACUUACAACAACGUAGCGGUGAACAACAAGAGGAAGAAUAAUGGAGGUGGGAGCGGAGGUGGAGGUGGAGGCGGAGUUGGAUGGGGUUGGGGCGGUGGUGGAGGUGGUGGCAAUCGCGGUGGAGGGUGGGGAUGGGGGGGUGGAGGAGGCGGCGGUGUUUUUUGGCGGUGGGGCUGCAACGGGCGGCAUCACCGUUCCGGCAAGAUGAAAGUCUUCCCAAAGGGAGACUAUGCAAUAGGAGAGUUUGCACAAUGCAUGGUGAAGGGAAGGUGUAGGGGAAUGAGGUUGGAUUGUCCAUUGCAUUGUGGAGGGCCUUGUGUUUAUGAUUGUAGGAAUAUGUGCAAGGCUCAUUGCAAAAAAUAAUCCAUGCAUUUUCAUUUCUAGCUUGCAAGAUUCUUGUUUUAUUGUCAAGGAAUUUAUCUUAGGAAAGAUGUUUGUUUGUUUGUUAUAGUAAUGUUUUUGCAUGCAGUGUGCCAUCAUUAUUAGUAGAAGCAUGUCUUUUGUGAAAAGGGUGAUUGUGGAACCUAUCUAUUGUGAUCAAUUUGUUAAGACAGUUAAAGAUGGGCUGUACCAACUUUUGUUUUUGAUUUGUAAUGUUAUUUGUAGAAGGGUGGAAGCAUAAAGUCUUUACAUCUUUUUGCAACUUUUAUUAAGAUAUAUAUAUGUGUCCUAAUCAACAUUGAUUCAUAAA